AUGGGCGGGGUCCUCACCACCAUGCGCAACUACGCCACUGUCGCGGGCCAGGCGUACCCUCCCAAACCCACCUUCGCCGUCGACCAAAUCCCAGAUCUGGCUGGGAGCGUCAUGAUCGUCACUGGCGGCAACACGGGGAUCGGCUACGAGACGUGCAAGGCCCUCCUCGCCCACGACGCCAAGGUCUACCUCGCCGCGCGCAGCCGGGAGAAGGGCCACGCCGCCAUCGCGCGCCUGAAGGAGGAGACGGGCAAGGACGCGGUCUUCCUCGAGCUCGACCUCGCGAGCAUGAAGAGCAUCAAGCGCGCCGCGGAGGAGUUCGCGGCGAAGGAGGGCGCGCUCCGCGUACUGUUCAACAACGCCGGCGUUAUGAACCCUCCGAUAUCCGCGCUGACGGAGGAGGGCCACGACCUCCAGUGGGGCGUCAACGUGCUCGGACAUUUCUACUUCACCGAGCUCCUCCUUCCCUUGCUCGCGGCGGGCGCGAAGUCCUCGCCUGAUCACCACUCGCGCGUGAUCACGACGUCGAGCAGCGGCGCGUAUCCCGGCAAGAUCGACUUCGACACGUUCAAGGACUCGAAGCACCGGCGGAAAGUGCAUCCUGAACUGCUGUACUUCAACAGCAAGCUGGGAAACACCGUUGUCGCGCACCAGGCGGCGCUCCGGUACGCUGACAUGGGCAUCAUCUCCAUCGCGCUCAACCCAGGCAACCUGGACUCGGAGCUUUACCGUACGAUCCCGUCAGUGGGCCGCUGGAUAGUGGCGAAGGUCAUGCUCUACCCGAACUGGUACGGCGCGCUCACGCAGCUCUACGCGGGCACGAUGCCGGACGCGCUCAAGCUGAACGGCGAGUUCAUGAUCCCGUGGGCUCGUCCAGGGAAGUGUAAGAAGGAGAUGUAUGAUCCAGAGCUCGGGAGGCGGGUGUGGGAGUGGCUUGAUGGCGAGGUGAAGGCGUUCGAGGCGAAGCUCUAG